CUCAUGUCUCUUACAACGAACAAACAACAGGAAUUGAUCGAUGAGUCGAUAAAUGAAUACAUUUCCACCUACGACAAGGUGGCUAGCCAAUACCUACAUGUCCGUAAACAAAUUCUAGAACUAGCUUCGGGCGCUUCCAAAAACCAGUCCAUUUCCCCGGCAGACCACAUCACUAUCAAGAAACUCCAAUUUGAAUUGGACACAGUAUGGGGGUCAUACUCCGGAUAUCUCCACACAUUAGAGAACUAUCUCGAUAUCUCCAAGCAUAUCCAGCCAAGCUAUGUUGAUGAGCUUAGCAAAAAGUACGAAAAGCUUCUUGUGUCCAAGUUGAGUCUCACCAAAACUAUCAGAAAUAUCAAAGAGGUUCAAAUACCGUUAAUAGAGGAGAUGAAAGAAUUGACCAAAGUGUUUCAAAAGAACCUUAGUCGUACCACCACCAAACGGUAUCCAUCAAAAGCUGCGGUUGAAAAUGCUUUAAACAACCGCUCGAAAGAGUCUAUGAAAGUAGACAACUUGAUAGUAUCCCGAUCAGAACUUCACCAGCUCUUCGACGGUUUCGAUGAGAAGGUCAGACAACUAGAAGAAGGCAAAGAAGACACAUCCCGUUCUAUAAAAGCUUCAUACUAUAUCAACAAAGAGUUGGAAUCGGGUGAAAAGUUCCUUGCGUUGGACGACGACAAGUACCUCUUUCAGGUUUCCAAAAUCAACUACCAGGACCUGUACUUGGCCAAUGCCAGUGUAGCCAAGUACGAUGAACUUAACGAUCAGUUGGUGCAUGAAAUAGCUGAUUUGAUUGCCCACUCCACCUCCGCCAAACGAAGCUGGAUAAAAAAUGCCGCCAAGAUCGAUGCAUUCAAAGCCAUACUUGAAGAAGAUAUAGAAAUGGCAGACACUUAA